UUGCCUUGGUAACGUUUGACGUCAGUCGCCCCUUCUCCGGCUGCGCUUUGGGCUGGUUUGAUUGGAAGGAAACCCCGUGGACUACUUUCAGACUGACUGGCCGAGAGUAUCAGCUGUAGCUUGGUACACCGACAUCUCUGCUAUCUGGUAGUGCUCAGUGAGCAGUCAUGACCGAGGGAAACCAGAAAGAACUGGUGCAAAAGGCCAAGCUGGCCGAGCAGGCUGAGCGCUAUGAUGACAUGGCUGAUGCAAUGAAGGCUGUGACGAAGGAAAAGAAAGUGCUGUCGAACGAGGAGCGUAACCUGCUGUCAGUGGCCUACAAGAAUGUGGUGGGUGCCCGCCGCUCCUCAUGGCGUGUGGUGUCCAGCAUUGAGCAGAAGGCUGAUGCUGGCGGCAAGAAGCAGGAGUUGGUCAAAGAUUACCGGCUGAAGAUUGAGGGAGAGCUGGAAAAAAUCUGUGGGGAAGUGCUGAAUCUCUUGGAUGAGUUUCUCAUUCCCGAAACCCAAGAACCAGAGAGCAAAGUGUUCUAUUUGAAAAUGAAAGGAGAUUACUACCGCUACUUGGCUGAGGUGUCUUCAGGAGAGAAGAAGAAAUCCAUCACUGACGACUCAAAGGAAGCUUACCAUAAUGCCUUUGAUAUCAGCAAAAGCACGAUGCAGCCCACACACCCAAUCCGCCUUGGUCUUGCCCUGAAUUUCUCUGUUUUCUUCUAUGAGAUCCUCAACGAGCCUGACCAAGCCUGCCGGCUGGCCAAAUCCGCUUUUGAUGAUGCCAUUGCAGAGCUCGACACACUGAGUGAAGAGUCGUACAAAGACAGUACACUAAUCAUGCAGCUACUGAGAGACAACUUGACACUGUGGACCUCUGAUAACCAGGCUGAGGGAGAGGAUACAGAGGAGCCUAAAGAUUGAGCCAGACCCCCAUAGCCAUCCUUGUCUAUCUGCCAUUGUCCCGGCUCAUCUUCAUCAUGAUUAUCUACAAUGACACCACCUCAUUAUCAUCAUUCUCGUCCAUCUCUCUCCAUCGUUUUUCUAAGUUCUCUCAACACUCAUCUCACUCCUAUCGGUUUACUAUUUUUUUUCUUUUGUAGUAACUGGGGGGAAAGGGAUGGGGAGGGUAAGUUUUAAAUUGUGUGGUGGGGAGGGGGGGUCCACAUGGAAGCGUAAAGUUUGUGUGGGGUGGUUGUUUGUCUGUUGACUUUUUUUUUGUGUGGGAACAGCAGGGGUGUUGUAUUAUGGUGGUGGGUAAAAGGACCAGUUUUCAACUCAUGAAACAUGCAGCAGAUUGAAUUAUUAAGAGUCAGAAAACUGUUAUACUUUAUGUGUAUCAUUUUCAUAUUUAAGGUCCUGUUCUUGAUUAACAGCAUGUUUCGAUGAUGCGUCUGUGGGUUCACAAAAUCAGGAGUUGGCUCCUCACACCUUGGGAGAGUCUGCAUUUGGCAAGAUGAAUGAUAGCAGAGGUAAAGACAGUGAAGGUGUAAUGGAGACAGAAAGCAAGAUUUUGUUGGAACACAUUGGUUACAUUCCAUUGACUGUCAGUUGCUAAAUUUUCUAUUAUUUAGUUUUGUUUUCUUUUUUUGGGUGAUCUGCUUUUGUAUUUCUAUGUAUCAAUUACGAGGUAUAGAAAAUUUUGAAGAACAAAAGAGCACGCAAGCUUGUUAUUGUUGAUGUUUUUAUGAACUCAGCAGUAAAAAACAAUCCCUUGUGCUUAUCUAGUUACUGCUUUUUCAACAUUUUUAUUUGUUUUGUCUUCUCCUUUAUUCUUUCAAUCCUUGCCUGAACUGCAUGUUGGUAAGAAGUAGUUUGUGGAGGUGUAAGGAAGAUUGUUGUCGGGCGGGCUAGCUUUGUUCAUGUCUUUUGAAUUUUCAUACAGAACAUGUAAGCAUAACUGUUGUUUGGGGGGAAAUGAGUAAUUUCAUCUAAGUGGAAUAAAAAAAGCAGCAUGUCUUGCUGUAUUUGGAUGUUAAAUCCAGCAACCA